ACAUCUUUUCUCUCACAGUGGGGGCUGGUGAGUUCGCAGUGCUGACCUUUUGGUUAGCAGCCGAGCGCUUAACCACGGUGCCACCAGAGCUCCUUAUCUGUAUCAAUAAAUGUGUAUGAAUCAGCUGUUCUUUGGUAAAUAACCACCUUUCACUCUAAGGCCUAGAUGGAGUGGGUUGGGUUUCUGAGCCUUGAGAUAGAGCACAGGUUUGCCUGGAACCGUGGUGCUGCCUCCUGGGCCAGCCUGGGGAGUUGAGCAGCUGCUGAGAGUGGGUACAGCCCCCUCACAAAAUCAUUAGAAGUCCUUUUCUUCAAAAACUUCAAUUGUUUUUGAACUCAUUCGCCCUGAUUGUCUUCCCUUAUUGUAGACAAAACCACAUGUGAUAGAUAAGAUUUUUGAAUGAAGCAAUAUAAAAUGUCAGAGGAUUUUGCAAACUAUGUGAAUUUAGGAAAUUAAGAAGGUACAGGUAGUCCCCAAGUCACAAAGGAGAUCGUUCCUGUGCCUUUAAGUUGAAUUUGAGGUUAGUCGGUUCUUAUUCAGCCUUUAGUGCAGGAAAAGGCUUGAAGCCUUUCGAUGAUGUAAAAAGCUGCCCGUGCAGCAAGUGAAGGUGAUUGUGAUGAAUUUGUUGUGAGUGUGGGUUGGUUCAGUCGUUUCAGGGUGAGGGCAACUGUACAUAACAUUAAAGGCAAAUCCUAAGUCUGACGUUCUUAACUCGGGGACUGCCUGUACUAAAUCUCUAGUCCCCACGUUUAAAAAAAAAAAAAAAGAUUCUCCAAGAUUUGCUUUCUAUACCUGAUGAGCAAUUUAAAUAUUUGGUGUAUUUCCGGUUGUCACCUGCUCUUCCUAAAGCGGUAGUAACUUUGAAAAAGCAGUAUUGAUGUAAAGUGACCCUUAGUGGUUUGGGUCUUGAGUAUACAGAACGAUUACUUUCUUGUUUUUUUUUUUUUAAAGAUAAAAAAGGAUUCCCAGAAUGUGGUGCUGUUGAGGUUUCAGAAAUGUGUAUGCUCUCAGUUGCGAUUUUCUUUUUCCUUUUCUUCCUUCAAGGGGAAUCCCAGUGCCCCAAGCUUCAUGCGGUAACUUGUGUUAGUGGGAACACGGUCUGACAAACCACAUGUAUAAUCCUCAACUCUUUCUCCUGUUUUCGAUUAGCAUCUAUGGGUCUUGCAGAUAUGAUGUCUCCUGGUGAGUCCAAAUUGCCCCUCAAAACCGACGGCAAAGAAGAAGGUCCCCCGCAGCCCGAGAGCAAGUCAAAGGAUAGCUACAGCUCUCAGGGUAUUUCUCAGCCCCCAACCCCAGGCAACCUGCCAGUCCCUUCCCCAAUGUCCCCCAGCUCUGCUAGCAUCUCCUCAUUUCACGGAGAUGAAAGUGAUAGCAUUAGCAGCCCAGGCUGGCCAAAGACUCCGUCAAGCCCUAAGUCCAGCUCAUCCACCACCACUGGGGAAAAGAUCACCAAGGUGUAUGAGUUGGGGAACGAACCAGAGAGAAAGCUGUGGGUGGACCGAUACCUCACCUUCAUGGAAGAGAGAGGCUCCCCUGUGUCUAGUUUGCCUGCAGUGGGGAAGAAGCCCUUGGACUUGUUCCGGCUCUACGUAUGCGUCAAAGAGAUCGGAGGCUUGGCGCAGGUUAAUAAAAACAAGAAGUGGCGUGAGCUGGCAACCAACCUCAACGUUGGCACUUCGAGCAGUGCAGCCAGCUCUCUGAAAAAGCAGUACAUCCAGUACCUGUUUGCCUUCGAGUGCAAGAUCGAGAGAGGGGAGGAGCCCCCGCCCGAAGUCUUCAGCACCGGGGACACCAAGAAGCAGCCCAAGCUCCAGCCGCCCUCUCCUGCUAACUCAGGAUCCUUGCAAGGUCCACAGACCCCGCAAUCAACUGGCAGUAACUCAAUGGCGGAGGUUCCAGGUGACCUGAAGCCACCAACGCCAGCCUCCACCCCCCAUGGACAGAUGACCCCGAUGCAAGGUGGCAGAAGCAGUACAAUCAGCGUGCAUGACCCCUUCUCAGACGUGAGUGACUCGUCGUUCCCAAAACGGAACUCCAUGACUCCGAAUGCCCCGUACCAGCAGGGCAUGAGCAUGCCAGACAUGAUGGGCAGGAUGCCUUACGAGCCCAACAAGGACCCCUUUGGUGGAAUGAGAAAAGUGCCUGGGAGUAGUGAGCCCUUUAUGACGCAAGGACAGAUGCCCAAUAGCAGCAUGCAGGACAUGUAUAACCAGAGUCCUUCUGGGGCCAUGUCCAACCUGGGCAUGGGCCAGCGGCAGCAGUUCCCCUACGGAGCCAGUUACGACCGGAGGCAUGAACCUUACGGGCAGCAGUAUCCAGGCCAAGGCCCUCCCUCAGGACAACCCCCAUAUGGAGGCCACCAGCCUGGACUGUAUCCACAGCAGCCGAAUUACAAACGCCAUAUGGACGGUAUGUACGGGCCCCCAGCGAAGCGCCACGAGGGAGACGUGUACAACAUGCAGUACGGCGGCCAGCAGCAGGAGAUGUACAGCCAGUACGGAAGCUCCUACUCGGGGCCAGACCGGAGGCCCCUCCAGGGCCAGUACCCGUACCCCUACAACCGAGAGCGGAUGCAGGGCCCCGGGCAGAUGCAGGCGCACGGCCUCCCGCCGCAGAUGAUGGGCGGCCCCAUGCAGGCGGCCUCGGGCGAGGGCCCUCAGCAGAACCUGUGGGCGGCGCGCAACGAUAUGCCUUACCCCUACCAGAACCGGCAGGGCCCCGGCGGCCCCGCACAGGCACCUCCCUAUCCCGGCGUGAGCCGCACGGAUGAUAUGAUGGUACCGGACCAGAGGAUCAAUCACGAGAGCCAGUGGCCUUCCCACGUCAGCCACCGUCAGCCUUACAUGCCGUCUUCAGCCUCCAUGCAGCCCAUCACGCGACCGCCUCAGUCGUCCUACCAGACGCCACCGUCACUGCCAAACCACAUCUCCCGGGCGCCCAGCCCCGCGUCCUUCCAGCGCUCCCUGGAGAACCGCAUGUCACCAAGCAAGUCUCCCUUCCUGCCCUCGAUGAAGAUGCAGAAGGUCAUGCCCGCGGUCCCCACCUCACAGGUCACGGGGCCCCCACCCCAGCCACCCCCCAUCCGAAGGGAGAUCACUUUUCCUCCUGGUUCCGUAGAAGCAUCACAGCCAGUCUUGAAACAAAGGCGAAAGAUUACCUCAAAAGACAUUGUAACUCCUGAGGCAUGGCGUGUGAUGAUGUCCCUUAAAUCAGGUCUCUUGGCUGAAAGUACUUGGGCUUUGGACACUAUUAAUAUUCUCCUAUAUGAUGACAGCACUGUCGCUACCUUCAAUCUCUCCCAGCUGUCUGGAUUUCUCGAGCUUUUGGUAGAGUACUUUAGAAAAUGCCUCAUCGACAUCUUUGGAAUUCUCAUGGAAUAUGAAGUGGGAGAUCCCAGCCAAAAAGCACUUGAUCACACUGCAGUGAGGAGGGAUGAGAGCCAGUCCUUGGCAGACGAUUCUGGGAGAGAGGAGGAAGACGCUGAAUGUAUCGAUGACGAGGACGAUGAGGAGGAGGAAGACAGUGAGAAGGCCAAUGCUGACGAGAAGAGCAGUAUGGCUUUCCCCUCUCCCGACGCCGCUGCCGAUCUGAAGGAGAAGCCCAAGCAAGCGAGCAAGUUUGACAAGCUGCCCAUAAAGAUAGUCAAGAAGAACAACCUGUUUGUGGUUGACCGCUCCGACAGGCUGGGCCGCGUGCAGGAGUUCAGCAGUGGCCUCCUGCACUGGCAGCUUGGCGGCGGGGACACCACCGAGCACAUCCAGACGCACUUCGAGAGCAAGAUGGAGAUUCCGCCCCGCAGGCGCCCACCACCCGCUCUGAGCUCGGCAGGCAGAAAGAAAGACCAGGAAGGGAAAGGGGACGCAGAGGAGCAGCAGGAGAAAAGCAUCAUCGCCACCAUCGAUGACGUGCUGUCGGCCCGACCGGGGGCGCUGCCCGAGGAAGCCCACCCCGGGAACCAGGCUGAGAGCAGCAAGUUUCCCUUCGGCAUCCAUCAGGCCAAGAGCCACCGGAACAUCAAGCUGCUGGAGGACGAGCCGCGGAGCCGCGACGAGACGCCCCUGUGCACCAUCGCACACUGGCAGGACUCGCUGGCCAAGCGCUGCAUCUGUGUGUCCAACAUCGUCCGGAGCUUGUCCUUUGUGCCUGGCAAUGAUGCCGAGAUGUCCAAACAUCCGGGCUUGGUGCUGAUCCUGGGGAAGCUGAUCCUCCUUCACCACGAACACCCUGAGAGGAAGCGAGCCCCACAGACCUACGAGAAGGAGGAAGACGAGGACAAGGGGGUGGCCUGCAGCAAAGACGAGUGGUGGUGGGACUGCCUCGAGGUGCUGAGGGACAACACGCUGGUCACGCUGGCCAACAUUUCCGGGCAGCUAGACUUGUCGGCUUACACGGAAAGCAUCUGCUUGCCAAUCUUGGAUGGCCUGCUGCACUGGAUGGUGUGCCCGUCCGCAGAGGCACAAGACCCCUUUCCAACCGUGGGGCCCAACUCGGUCCUGUCACCUCAGAGACUUGUGCUGGAGACCCUCUGUAAACUCAGCAUCCAGGACAACAACGUGGACCUCAUCCUGGCCACACCCCCGUUCAGUCGCCAGGAGAAAUUCUAUGCUACGUUAGUUAGGUACGUUGGGGAUCGCAAGAACCCAGUCUGUCGAGAAAUGUCCAUGGCGCUUCUAUCGAACCUCGCCCAAGGGGACGCGUUAGCCGCGAGGGCGAUAGCUGUGCAGAAGGGAAGCAUUGGAAACUUGAUAAGCUUCCUGGAGGACGGGGUCACGAUGGCCCAGUACCAGCAGAGCCAGCACAGCCUCAUGCACAUGCAGACCGCCCCCCUGGAGCCACCUAGCGUGGACAUGAUGUGCAGGGCAGCCAAGGCGUUGCUGGCCAUGGCCAGAGUGGACGAAAACCGCUCCGAGUUCCUCUUGCACGAGGGUCGGUUGCUGGAUAUCUCGAUAUCAGCGGUCCUGAACUCUCUGGUUGCGUCUGUCGUCUGUGAUGUACUGUUUCAGAUCGGGCAGUUAUGACACAAGUGAGAAGGCACGCAUGUGUGAGUGAAGAUUAGAGGGUCACAUAGAACUGGCUGUUUUCUGUUCUUGUUUAUCCAGCGUAGGAAGAAGGAAAAGAAAUCUUUGCUCCUCUGCCCCAUUCACUAUUUACCAAUUGGGAAUUAAAGAAAUAAUUAAUUCGAACAGUUAUGAAAUUAAUAUUUGCUGUCUGUGUGUAUAAGUACAUCUUUUUUUUUUUUAAUUUUUUUUAACCAAAGUUGCUGUCUAGUGCAUUCAAAGGCCACUUUUGUUUUUCAUAGAUUUUCAGUGUUCUUUUCCAUGUCGUAUUGCAUAUUUUUUUGGGAAGCGAAUUGACUCUAGAGAAGAAAUAUUGUGAUAACACAUGCUAAGAUGGGAAAAUUUCGCCACACUGAGGCAAAAAGGGUGAAAAACGAUCAAUUUCCUAUGCGUUUUAUUUUUCAGAUCAGGAAAAAAAAAAAAAAACCUGUAUCCCAUGACCCAAAGCUCUGUGCAAUAGAAACCUCUAGAGAUGUAGGCAUAGGGGCUCAAGGAGGUGUGUCAGUCAGUAGUCAGACUAUGAAAUGAUACUGGUCUCUCUGCAGGAAAAUGGUUUCGUUUGGCUAGGAGCAAAAAUGACGUUUUCUAAGUCACGAUUGAAAAUACAUACCUGGCAACCAUCGACGCAAACUGCGCCCUCCCGCUGCGCUCAUGUCUGCCGUCUGUCCUCUGGCCUUCCACGUUACCGUUCACAAUUCCUUUCAGCAUUUUUUAAGUUUUUUUUUUU